GAAGCAGUGGCUUUCGGCAGAACACCUUAUCUGCUCUUGAGAGCUGUGACUCUUCAUCUUUUCAUUAUGAAGACCCAGGGGAUUGCUUACUUAGCAUACACCAGAGGCAAUGGAUAGGGUGAGCAGUCACUGCAGCCAGAAAACCCCAGCACGGAGCAGAGGCAAUUACCCUCCGCACGCAGAGACCGUGGAGCUGAAUCGCGCUGAAUAGAGAACCCCUCCGGCUGGCAGAGCCAUGUGUGGCUGGGAAGAGCAGCCACUUUCACUCCGCUGAAAAGCAAUGCAAACACACCGGUGACAAGAACUGCUUCCAGGUCUGGAUGGAUGUGAACCUGAGUGGAGCCUGAAUGCAGCUAAAACCACGUUGACUAACAAAACUUUUAAAAUAUGACUACAGUAAGGAUUUUAACUCCACAAUGCUGCCAUGCCGGGAUGUGACAGGCUUUCUACCCAGGUCUGGAAGGUGGUCGAUGAUGCUGGCAGUAAAUAUAAACCCAGAUGAGGAGCGGCAAAAGCAAUGGAGGGACCAACCCCAGAGCCCGUGUACGUUGAUGUGGACAAGGGACUGACACUAGCAUGUUUCGUCUUCCUCUGCCUUUUCUUGAUUGUGAUGAUCAUUCGCUGUGCAAAAGUCAUCAUGGACCCCUACAGCGCCAUCCCUACGUCUACAUGGGAGGAGCAGCAUCUCGAUGACUGAAAGGACUUCGCUAGACAGAGCCAUAAAAUGCUGCAAUCUAGGCCUUCCCCUACCUGGAAGGCAAACACAAAGCCAUUUUCAGACAUGCAGGGCAACUGCAGUAUCUUUAAGAGCACGUAGAUCAGAUGAUUCUUGCUCAACAGAUCAGGAUAUUGGCAAGCCAUUCUGGCAGCACAGUUAAUACUAUGCAGCAACACACAUUUUAAUGAAAACAGUGAUCAUUGGAACUCAAGUAGCACAAGACUUUCCAGACUCUUCCUAAAGUAACUCCUGCUUGUAGCACAGUUUGCCCUCUCACUAUCUCCCACAAAUUCAGGGCUUUGUUCAGAAAACAGAAUUCGGAAAGGCAACAAAAAUAUUUUCUUCCCUCAAUGUUUGCUUCAAAUAACUUCGUGAGUCGUUAUAUUUGUGUUUUGAAAAAGGGGCAGGCUUUGCAGUUUUGUAACCCAGAGCACUGAGUAGAAGCACUAAAGCACCAUGGCUAAGGAGGGUGCUAUGAGGAGAUGCAUUCUCAAUUAACUUGGUUGUGCGCAUACACUCCCUACCACACUGCAGUCAUAUUUCCAGUGAUCAGAGUACAGAAGUACUCAAACUAUAGUUCCCAAUGGGGUCAUGGGAACUGACUCUGCAGCCUCACCUUGCUCUAUCCUACUCCUGGAAAACACUAGAUGUUUUGUUACCUGCCAUAGGUCUGUGGAUCACCCACAUGUACCAGACUACUUGCAAUGAGCUUGACAGACACCACAAGUUCACGGAACAGAACUUGGACACCACUGGCUUCAACUGCAUAGAGCUUGUCAUGAUUUUCAAAGAGAGAUUCCACAUGAAACUUCAUUGAUCUUUCAGGCACAAUUCAGUGGGAUCACACAAGGAGAUUAAAGACAAUAAGCAAAGACAGGACUCCUAGCUUUGUCAGAUUCUUUAGCAUAACAGAUACAGUAGCAUACAAUAAUAUGCAUUCUACCUCAAACAAGCUCAGCACCUUUA